GCCGCCACAUUCAAAAUGGCCGCCCCUGCGGGCCCUCGCCACUCUCAAGAUGGCGGCAGAGCAAAGCCAUUCCCUUUGUGCUACCCACCCCCUCAGCCGCGCGCCUUCCUGAUACCAGUCCGAACCGGAAGUCACUACGCUGUUCGCUUCCGGUUUCUUGAGCGUGGUCCUGGACUUGGCUCCGCGCGACUUCCCCCACCCACCCCCUCACGUGACGGGAAGUACCCUUGUGCAUUGACUGUGAUGCUGCUGCUGGUGCUGCUGUGCCCCUUGCUGGGCGCCCUGGCCUGUGCUGUGGAGGUGAUGCGGCCCCGGGGUGUCUCCCUCACCAACCAUCAUUUCUAUGAUGAGAUGAAGCCCUUCACGUGCCUGGAUGGGUCGACAACCAUCGCCUUCGAGUGGGUCAAUGACGACUACUGUGACUGCCCCGACGGCUCUGAUGAGCCAGGGACUUCAGCCUGCCCCAAUGGACGUUUCCACUGCACCAAUGCUGGGUUCCGGCCUCAGUACAUCCCCUCGUCCCGUGUCAAUGACGGCGUCUGUGACUGCUGUGAUGCCACGGACGAGUACAACAGCGGCUCUGUGUGUGAAAACACCUGCAAGGAACUGGGCCGGCGGGAGCGUGAGGCACUGCAGCAGAUGGCAGAGGUGGCACGCGAGGGCUUCCGGCUCAAGCAGGUGCUGAUCGAGGAGGCCACCAAGGGCCGUGAAGAGAAGCAGAAACAACUGGGGGAACUGCAGGAAGGCAGGCGGGGGCAGGAGGAACGGGUGGGGGCACUGCGCCUGGCUAAGGAGGCGGCCGAGAAGCCUGAGAAGGAGGCCAAGGACAUGCAUCACAAGCGCUGGGAGGCAGAGCAGCAGGCCCUGGUACAGGCAGCCCAGGAGCAGGCGCAAGCCCACAAGGCCUUUGAGGAGCUCGACAGUGACAGCAAUGGCCUGGUGACAGUGGCUGUGCUGCAGGCCCAUGCAGAGCUGGAUGCACAAGGGGAUGGGAGAGUCACUGAGAGCCUGCGGUGAUGGAGCCUUGUCUGGCAGACGCUGCUGGGGGACACGGUGCAGACUGACCUGCCCGGCUUCCAUGACACCGUCUGGGCCGCAAUCAAGGAACACUACAAGUCUGAGGGUCCAGCUGAGGUGGCACCUGAGCCUGAGCCCCCCACAGCUGAACCCCCGGAGCCAGUGCCUGAAGAUGAGGAGGAAGAGGAAGAUGAUGAUGAGGGAGGCUCGGAGGAUGAGCCCACGGUGGCCCCUGCUAAGCCCCCCUCACAGGAGAGCGAGGAGGAAAAGAUGCCGCCCUAUGACGCUGCCACCCAGGCUCUAAUUGACGCUGCCCAGAAGGCGCGGGAGGAGUUUGAGGAAGCUGAGCGGUCCCUGAAGGAGGUGGAAGAGUCCAUCAGGAACCUGGAGCAAGAGAUCUCCUUUGACUUCGGCCCCCAUGGGGAGUUCUCCUACCUCUACAGCCAGUGCUAUGAGCUCAGCACUAGCGAAUACAUUUACCGGCUCUGUCCCUUUAAGAGAGUGUCCCAAAAGCCGAAACACGGAGGGUCUGAGACCAACCUAGGGAGGUGGGGCUCCUGGGCUGGCACCGAGGACGACCGGUUCAGCGUCAUGAAAUAUGAGCAUGGGACGGGCUGCUGGCAGGGCCCUGCCCGCAGCACCAUGGUGAAGCUGUUGUGUGGGAAGGAGACGGUGGUGACAGCAGCCACGGAGCCCAGCCGCUGCGAGUACAUGCUGCACUUGGAAACCCCAGCCGCUUGCCAGGAGCCCCAUGAAGUCCCCCCUGGUGACCAUGAUGAGCUCUGAGGCCCAUGGAUCAGUGCCAGAAA